UUAGGCUUUAUAGAAAUGUUGAAAACUCAUAUCUUUUUGUCUUGGCUAAUAUUUCUCUGUGAUAUAUGGGCAUGCCAGGCUGGUCAAGAAUCCUUUAGGUCUAUUACAAGGUCAUACUAUAGAGGUGCUGCUGGGGCUUUGCUUGUCUAUGAUAUCACAAGGAGGGAGACAUUUAACCAUCUAGCUAGCUGGCUAGAAGAUGCAAGGCAGCAUGCAAAUGCAAAUAUGACGAUCAUGCUUAUUGGGAAUAAGUGUGAUCUUGCUCACAGGAGGGCAGUUAGCACAGAGGAAGGAGAGCAGUUUGCAAAGGAGCACGGCCUUAUAUUCAUGGAGGCUUCUGCCAAGACUGCUCAGAAUGUUGAGGAGGCAUUCAUUAAGACAGCCGCAACAAUAUACAAGAAGAUUCAAGAUGGUGUGUUUGAUGUGUCAAAUGAGUCAUAUGGAAUCAAAGUGGGAUAUGGAGGAAUUCCAGGACCAUCAGGUGGAAGAGAUGGUAACACCUCGCAAGGAGGAGGGUGCUGCGGUUGAGAUGGGGAAAGGUGUCUAUAUCAUCAUGUAAAAAAUGAUCACAUAUGAUAUAGCAAAAAUGUCUCUGCUCUUCUUUCAAUAGUUUGUAAAUCGUUUUGGAGUUCGAUUUGUUGACUUUGUCGUGGUGGGUUUUGGAACGGUUUGACAA